UUUCCCACAAUGCACCGCGACAAACACAGGUCGGCCAUGUUUGUACUAGUCUCGUCGUGAAUGGUGGACACCACUCCGCAUAUGACCUGUUACCUCUGCUAGUCUCUCGUUUUGUGUCGUCAAAAUGGUGAAAUACUAAACAUUAAAUACACUGUGGAGUCGGACUGUACGCGGGGACGCGCAUUGCACCAUGUCAGCCAACGCUCAGAAUUUUGACUUUGAUGAAUAUGACAAACCUGGUGCUGAGCGGUUACGCCGGAGGAGAGGUGAAGAUGACGAUCUAGAGAGUGAUUUGGAAGAAGAAUUGUUGGAGGAAGAUUGGCUGUCUGGUAAAAAGAAUCCUUCAGAAGUGUCGGAUGAAGAGCUGAAUGAUGACCUUCUACAAAGUGAUGAUGAAGAUGUAAAUAUGAGUGGUCAGGUAGUGAGCCUCAAUGCCUCAUACAGUGUGGGCGCAUCCUAUGGCCAGCAGGACAACUCGCAGGUAGCAGACUACACAGAUGACGUUGUGAACCUGGGUGCAGAGGGCUGUGAAGAAGGGGAUGUAGAGGAGGAGGGGUACCAGCAUGAGGGGGAAGGAGUGUACACACAAGAAUACAAUACAGAGAUGCCUGAAGACCAAAUGGAUUACACUGGAGAGCUAGCUGAGGGUGACGAUGGCUACCAGGAUGAAGUGCUAGACAUCCAAAUCAAUGAGCCCAUAGAUGGUGAAUUUCAAGAUGAUGAAUAUCAAACCUAUGGUGAUGAGCGUCUGGGUGAACAUGGAGUCCAACAGGAGGAAGUCCCCGAGGAGCAGGAGGAUGGAGGGGGAGAAGAACAGCAGGAGGAGGAGGAGGAGGAAGACACAGCCGAAGGCUCUCGGGUCUUUGACACAGAGGAGGUUGAAAAUGAAGCCAUGCCUGAGGAAGAAACAAAGGAGGAAUCAGACGAGGAGGAUGAGGAAGAUGAAGAGUCUGGUCGCAUCCGGUUUAAAUCUGAGAGAAAGGAUGGUGCUGUUGUGCGGUUGGCUGAUGCAGGCGGCAACAGAAGGAGUAUCCCUGAAACACUAGAGCUGUCAGAAAAGGCUAAGCAAGAUCUGAUGCAGUUUGAGGAACAAGAACGGCAAAAGAGACAAAACCGAUAUGGAGGCCGCGGCAUGCGAGGAGGAAUGCGAGGAGGCAGAGGAAGAGGAGGCUACCAACCUUUUGGAAUGAUGGAUUUUAGAGGAGGAAACAGAGGAAGAAUGAUUGACCACCGGAUCCCCCUGAUGGGAAACAUGAGCAUGCAGCAGCCAUCCUCCCGAAUGCCUCUUCCUCAUCAGCAGCAAAUGCACUCCCAGCAGCACCACCCUUUACGUCCAAGAGGACCUCUUUCCUUCCAGGACCAUGGGCGCCCGCUGGCCCAGCAGCCCCUUCAGCCCCUCAUCCCCCCGCACAUGGCACACCGCUCCCCACCGUUGCGGCCCCAGAUGGAGCCACCACCACGAAUGAUGAGCUCUCCUCCACCCAACUUCCCCCCGCAUCACCAGCAGCAGCCUCCACAGUCCAAAAACAUCCACAUCAACCCCCAUUUCAGAGGGCCCACGUCAUCCUCUGUACAGGUGCCCUUGAUGCCUCCUGCUCAGAGCCAGCCCAGACCUGCUGUGGGUCCUCAGAGGUUCCCUGGACCGGGAGACUUCCAGCAGCACAUGACUGGUAAUUUUGGUCAGCCCCAGCGGCCCCCUCAUCACAUGGAGCCCUUUAGAAACCAGCCACCUCAAGGCCCCCAAGACAGAGAGCCGCUCUUUAUGGGAGAGCGCACAGAGUCAACACGGUUUCCUGGGCAGCACAUGUUUGAUCACCAGGGCCCCAGUCCUCUGAUGAACAGCGGCCACAACCUCCACCACCACCAGCAGCAGCAGCAGCAGCAGCAGCAGCAGCAGCAGCAGCAGCUGCCUGGUCAGGGCCACAUGGGCUUUGGCCCACCAGGACCAGCCUUCAACCAGCCGGGCCAGGGUCCGCUUGGGCUCUUUCAAAGAGAACCCCAAAGACCCAACAUCCCUCCCCACCAAGGGCAUCAGGGGAUGGUCGGGUUGAAUCAACAAGUUGCCCCCCAGAACCAGCCCAGACCCUUCAUGGGCCCUCGCCAGCCGUUUGGCCAGCAGGGGAACCUUUUCCCCCCUCCACAAGUCCAGUUUGGGAUGCAGGUACGACUAAGAGGCUUAAUGCACGGCCCUCCUGUCUCCCAGCUUCAGCAUCACGACUCCUUGCCAUCCCAUCAGCCCAUGCACCAGCAGCAGCAACAUCAUAGGCAGGAGUUACCUCAUCAUCAUCAGCAACAUCUAAAUGUCAAUGAGCCUCGCCCCAUGAUGCACCAUGGCCAGAAUCUUUUCCAUCAACAGCAGGCACAUGGUAGCCCGAGGCAGAUGACUCCCCGCCCUCAGAACCCCCAACAGCGCAACAUGUCCAACAGGCAGAGGAUGAACACACCUAUCUCCAAGCAAAUGCAGCAGCGCAACAGCAACCUCCGGGAGCUCCCUGUAGCACCUGGUAACACAAACAUGAACAGUGCCCGCCCCGCCGCCAACGUUAGGCCUGUUGCCAAGGCAACGCAGGGGAUGCGUCCUGGGCAGAACACUCAGCUGGUGCCUGACGGUGGCAGAGGAAGAGGCCAAGUUGCUGCAAAGAUAGAAUCACAGCCUGGAACAACGGGCAGGACGGUGGUUCGCAAGGAGAUCCCCAGCACGGCACCACAGGACCCUGAUGAGGAUGAGGAGACACGGCAGUACCGUCUGAAGAUUGAGGAGCAGAAGCGUCUGAGAGAAGAGAUCCUUAAGAGAAAGGAGAUGCGACGGCAGAUGCAGGCUGGCGUCAGAAAGAAGGAGCUGCUGGACAGACUCAAUGCUCAGACCCCGAGCCAGGGCCCACCCCCUUCAAAUAUUCAAUCCUCACAACAAAAUCAGCUAACGCCACACCCUAUACAACAACAACAACAACAACAACAACAGCAACAACUACAGCAGCAGCAACAACUGCAGCAGCAGCAACUACAGCAGCAGCAACUACAGCAGCAGCAGCAGCAACAACAACAACAGCAGCAGCAGCAGCAACAACUACAGUCACAACAGCAGAGACCGUUGCCUCUGAGGACACAGCAAUCAUUGAAUCAAUCAUUAAAGAAUCCUAAUCAGGCCACCCAUAUCCCUCCCAACGGCAGUCCUCAGAUCCCAACACCACGUCCCAAUGUCAAGACACGCCUGCAGAUGGUAAAAGGUAUCACCCAGCAGCAACAGUCCCCCAGCCCUGUUCUAGACCAGCAAUGGAAACCGCCUCAACAAAAUCCGCAGCAGCUGCAACAACAGCGAAGGAACAGUGCUGUUCCGAACGUAAACAGGCCUGGUGCUCAAAUCCAGUCCAAUCAGGUCCCCCCAAAUAACAUACCUGUUACUCCCUCUGUGGGACCUGCUCAGGCUCAGGCACUAACUCAAGGACCUAAGCCAGGGGCUAAAAGAACUGUGAUGCAGCGGGCCAAGAAUUCUAGUUUCGAAGGCCAGCAGGUGCCACAAAAAGUCAGAGUCGUCAAACUUUCAGGAGCGAGUGGGAAGGGGCCAGUGGCAGCCGGAGAGCCGGUGCAGCAACCAGACACCUGGACGGCGACCCCGCUCAACCAGGCUGUGCAGAGGAAGGUUACCAUGACAGGGCAGCAACAACCCGGACCAGUCGGGACACCACAGGCCGGCCGAGGGGUCACAGGCAACCCACAGCAAAACAGGGUUGUCGUGUCGGGCCGGGGCCGAGCUAGAGGGGUCGGUCAGAUGGGUCGAGGGCGUCCAAUGUCCACCAGACAGAGCCAAAAAGGAGCCGAGAGUGAGCGCUGUACUGUGUCCAUAGAGGGCCUGUCUUCAUCCACAACUGACCUUCAACUGCAGAAUCUUCUCAGGUCCAUCGGUCCCAUAGAGAUGUUCAAAAUGAUGCCCCAGCAGAGGAAAGCAGUCGCCACAUUUUCCACUCCCCAGCAUGCAGAGAGUUUUCAAAUGAGCUUCCAUAGGCACAUGAUUGAUUUGUCCCACAUUGAUGUGUCGCUGAUUGAUGGAUGAGGAGCGCAAUAAAGCCAGGGAGUCUCUUUCUCCCAACGUGGGAGCCUCUCUGCUGAACAGCUCCAACUUGGCAUAGGAAUACUUCUUCAGCCCUUUGGAGUCACACACAGUCAACGUCUCUGCACAGAAGCAUCAUUCAUCUCCUAUAGACUUGGGACAGUGAACAUAAAGCCUUUAGCUGCGAGCAUGCCUUUGUUUGACUUUGUGUACCAAUUGUCCAUUGUUGAAAAAAAAUGGCACUGGAGAGACACUGGACAGUUAAUCCUACUUUAAUGAAGUUUGUGAAGAAUGCUUUGUGCAUCUUCCGCGGACACUAAGUAGAACUUAUCAUGGGAUAAUGGUUGCUCCCCUCCUCAGUUAGAUUCAUCUUUAAAACAAAACGAACACUUAAACCUUGUAAUUCUGAUAUGACCACUUCAUAAUAGUUUUUUAUUAUUAUUUGCGGCUAGCUGUUUAGUUUCGGAGCAGGAGAUGGUUGUGGCAGACUGUGGCCAGCCUAUUCACAUAGCAGUGUUUCUUCCCUGCUGUAGGUGGCAGUAUUUCAUCACUAAUGGUGCUUUAUUUUUUUCAUCUCAAGCCCGCUUUGAGGUAGUUUUUGGGUGAAUGGCACCAUCUAGUGGAGAACUUGCAUAAAGGCACAGAGAUGGAUGAUAGAAUAUUUGACACAUAGCAGUGACUGGGACAAAUUUGGCUUUGGAUGUUAAAUUAAUACGUUUUGUUUUUUUCCUAAAGUACAAACGGUUUUACAAAGUGUAAAUGUUGCGACUCUUGUGUACAUUUUGUGGUACUUUUCAGUUUUAGUGCAGCUUCUGGGACGGAUUGUUCAGAUCAUCUCUCGUUCACGUUAUUCAGUUUGGUCAUUUGGCGUUGCUUCUCGUUCUAAAAGUUUAGAUAUUUUAACUAUUACCUGGAGUCCAAUUUGGAAUAACCUUCCACGCAUUUUGGAUGUAUAUUUUAGUUGUAUUGAUUGAUUAUGGAUUAGUUAGAUUUAGGAUGGUAAUCUGUGCUGAUUGUGCUUUGAGGGAAUGUGCGUGAACGAUUUUUGAGAUUUUUUUAAAUUGCAAAUUAAAUGUAUAUUGUUUGUUAUUCGGCAUAUAUUCGGCACGUCAGAGAGAAUUGCUGACGGCUCUCCUAAGGACACAUUUCUGUAACGGCUUCCUCCGUUGUGUUAUAAUUGAUCUAAAUCUGCGUGACUAUCAGUUGAUAAUUGGUGCCUCAUCACUGAGCUGCAUGGUGUAUGAGGAGUAGCGCUUUGAACGGUUUGCCUUCACACUGAGCUGAUAACAUAGAUGUUUGGCAGUAGAGCAGCGAAGUAAUUCACCAUAUUACUAUUCCUCUUAAAUUUAAUUCCCCUCAUUUUAACACAGACAUCCUUUAUCACACUGGAAUCGAACCCCAAACGUAAAGAAACAUUUCUUCAUGAGAAAUUCUAAGUAACAAGUACAUUUGCUUUUUCUCUGAGCAUGCUGCCUUGAAUGGGUAUUGCUACUACGUCACUAAAGUCCUUGAAUUUUUUCUAAAUACCUCAUUUCCGUGUCCGGCCCUCAGUUUGAUUUCAUUCGACAUCAUUAUUAGACAAAAAGUAGCAACUAAGGCUCAUGACCUUAUUCCAUGAUUCCUUUUUUUCUUCAAUGCAAAUUUUUGAGUCUAUUCCGGGUUUAAAGUUUAUUAAACAAAAACAGUUCUUUAAAUAUUGAGACAUGGCGACCCGUGUUUACUAAUUAAGAUCGGAGGUGAAUGUCGUGUACAUUGUCCACAAGAAUGUGACAAAGGAAGUCGAGGGGGCAACCAUUAUCUACGUAGUGAUUGUGUACAUAAGUUGACCAGAACUUUCUCUCAGUAUUCAACCUGUUGUUUUUUUUUUCUUUUUAAGUCUUUACUUGCGUUGUAUCACGUUAAACAUUUUUAUAUGUAAGGAUAUACUGAUGUGUCCAGACAUAAAUCAUUUUACUUGGGUUUUGUUUCUAAUUUGGAUCCAAAAUGAAGGAUGACUGGACCACAUUUCUGUUUAUAAGACAUUUGACAAAAAGUGUAAGGGGAAAAAUAAAAACAUGGCCAAUAUACCGUGAACCUGCAGGUAUGUGAAGCCGGUUAAACUUUAGCCCAAAGAUGUCUGGUUGUGUGUGAUGUUCAUCUUUCUGGUGCCUUUACAAUGAAAAAUCUUUCUAAUUUGUGCUGCAUUUUAUUAAUUUUUACAUUAAGUAUUCUGUAAGGUCCUUGGUAUUCAACUUCAAAAUAUAUCAUAUACUUUAAAAAAAACCUUUUAAACACCUUGUAUGGCAAGAAAUACUACCUUAUAUAGAUUUAGGGGGAUGUUGCUGAAUUUUGGCGCUCAAAUUAUUUUUUUUAUUCAUAGCCAGAAACACAAACAUUUUUGUCCUGCCCAUUUAACUGUGAUGUCAUACUAAUGUUCGGCUCCCUACAGCCCUGACAUGCUAGAGGUACAGAAAUAGACAAAGCAAAUGUAGCCACAUGUUAAACUAUUUCACUGGAUUUGACUAAUGCAAACAUAAUUUAUAACAAUAAGACAUUCAUACUUUAAUCUCUGUUCAUAAAUCAACUCCUGGCUGUGCAUCUGGAUGACAUCACAGAUUAAGUUCUUGGUUCUCUGGUUUUUAAGUCUUCAGAAAGACUUGUUCAUGUUCACAAGUACCCAGUGGCCACUAAUCUUGACCGCAUGUGUGAAUCAAAUUUAAUUUAGUGGUAUUUCCCUUAAAAUAGCUAUUAUUUUAAAAGAAGUGGAAAUCCUCAAGGUUUUAAAUUAAGCUGCUCAUUCGUAAUUCUUGCCAGUAAAGGUCACCAGAUUCUCAACAUGCCUAAAGUAUCAGAAGUGUGGGGACGAUUGGGCCGUCUGAAAAUGUCUAAUCUCCUAUAAUUCCUUCAUUCUUCGUGUAAAACAUGAGGUUCAAUGGUUUUCUUUUUUUGUAUGUUGUGCAGUUGUUCUAAACUGUCUUCUUUAUGUUUUAUUCCUUUUGUUUUGAGUUGAACUGAUGGAGAGGUUUUUGUUCCCUAACAAUGUGUAUUUCAUGUCUUUCAUGUUGUGGGUCACUUGAUUUUAGUGUUUGUAGUAAAUCCUGUGGAUUUGAAAAAGUACCGGCCGUGCCGGUGUUGGUUACCUUGCUACAAGACAUCUGGUCUUGUAAUGAAAGCGCAGAUUCAAAUUGAAUCUUUUGUAUCUUAAUUUUAAGCAUUUCGUACAUAUAUGUACCUUGAAUUUUAGGACAUGAUGUUCUAUUUCUAAUAGUAAUUUCCUCGAGGAAAAUGGUGCUAUAUUAAGUCCUGAUUUACAACAGGCUAUUUAACAGUCAUGUUUUUCCAAUCACAUCGCCUCAUGUGGUUGCAGUAGAGUAUUUAAUAUUUGAUUAAGAAAGACUCAUCCUUGACAUAUUUAUGGGUCUUUCUUAUGCUUGCAAUAGCCAUUAUUAUGGUUAUAUAUAAUAUGUAUAUCAUAAUGUUUGACUUUGUUUCAAACAUGCAACUCUAGCCUGGUUGGGUUUUACAUAACAAUAACUGAAAACUUUUUUCAACAGGUCCAUUUGGUGAUCUGGGGUGCUGAGAGUUUGCAGACUGACUGAAAUAAUAAUAAUAAUCUUCUUUUUCCUCAGAUCACAUCCACUUCAACAGAGCAGUGAAACGUGCUGUCAUCAGUGUGCUAUCCCCAAAGAGCAGAGUUAACGGACCAUUCCAAAGGUUUAGCAUGUUUUACAAAGAAACAAAUGGGUUAUAAAUGGGUAAUGAUUUACUAUUCACCGCCUUAUAAAUUAUAACUACAACUUUUCCCAAUUUAAAUGCAGAUGUUGGUUUUUGGUUCACUGUUUGAAAAUUGGCAAUCCAUCACAUUCAACUAUUUGACUUCUUGUCAAAGUUAUGUUAUUUUUGCAUUUUUAUUGGUUCCUUGUUGAUGUGUUUAGGUGCUAUUGCAAAGCUCCAACAUCUGAAAUUUGAGUUGGGUGGUUUAUAGUUUGUCCCUCUAAUGUAUAAUAUAAGGUUAACUUUGAAAUCCCAGCAGGUCAUUUGAAACCACUUGCUACUGUUUAGAAGACUGAUUUCUCAAAGGCUUUUCUAUGCUGCUGGUACCAAAAAGUAUUCAUUUGCUGCAUGUUGUAAAUAAUAAAACAUCAAAAACUAAAAGUUUUGGAUUAUUUAUUUAUUUUUAAUCUAGUUUUCCUCAAAUCGUGCUUAAAACCCUACAAUAUUCAGUACAUAAUCUCCCGUUUUUCUCCGUUUGGUUCCAGUAUUCGUCAAACCUCGUACAUUUAGUUUACGAUACGCCAGAUGGAGAGUUCUUGUACCAGCAGAAAUCAGUUUUCAAAUGACCCAUUUUGAUUUGGCUUUUAUUUAUCUUUUAGUAAAUCUGUUGCUUAAAUUUGUAUACUUCUGUAACCGUUAAUGCAAAAGUACAUAAGAGGUACAAACGGGUUGAGCGAAAGCAUUCAAAACCAUUGGAAUGGUCCUGCAUCUUUAGUGCUGUUGGUGUUGUUUUGUGUGGCACUAUAGGGCGCACCACAUCACCAAAACAGUUACCGCUCUAUUAUUAACUCAUUCAUUUUCUUUUUAACAGCGGUCUGGUGGGAGGAGCCAUUGAUCAGCUACACCUAUGAUACUGCUAUGUCACUUUUCCCGCUUUAAUCACUCGCCUAACACUUCAGGUUCCUCCACAGCCACGCAGUGUCCGACCUCGGGAUGAAGAUUUUACUUGAGUUUACCUUCCCUCACUAAAUAGAUGUUGGCGCAUUCCUUCGGCCCCGCCCACAUUUCCUUCCAUUACUGCUUUUCCUGCCAUCGCUCUUCUUUCAACCUGCCCAUAUUUGACAGCUGCUCAUCUUUUCCUUGAUGCAGCGGUUGUUGAAUGAACUUAAGACUUCUGUAUCAAGCAGGGUGGCCCACCUGGAUUACCUUUGUUUGUUAGCCCAGUGGAUGGAGGUUUCCAUCUCUGUGACGACAAGCCGGGUUCACAGAGCAGACACGUAACUCUAAAAGCCGCUUUAUGGCUUUCACUGCACCAAAGGUCAUCCCAGCUUCAUGACAUGCAAUGUUUGGUUGGAUUUUGAAAACAGACGCUACAGUGGUUUCCUCAUCUCGAACAGUAUGGCGCAACCAAAUAAUGACUGAAAAUCCAACCUCGAGUUUUGACCGAAAUUGUCGACGAUCCAUCCUGUUAUGUAUGUUCACACUUUGCUGUAAAACAUGAAGUAAUGUUUUGUGUUGGAAACUUCUGAGUCAUCUCAUUCAUGUUCUGAUACUGUCAAUAAUGUGAUUUUUCUAAAAACAAAAAUUGAAUGGUUUUAAAAGAAAGUGAAUAAGUAUUUAAGAGAUGGAAUGUGUUUAAAGAAACUGAAGAAAAAUAAAUGUUUUCAUAUACACA